AUGGAUUGGCGGCAAUCCGCUUUGGGAUUGAGCGUGUUGAUUGUGCUCACGAUUGCGUCAUCAGAAUCGGACAUGGUAAACUUUGUCGGUAUUUUAAUUUACUAACUUAUCCUUGACAGUUGCAGACUCUUGAGGACAAACGAGUGGAGAAUGCGAUGUAUGCGAUGGUUGGAGAGAAGCCGCCGCACGAUGUUCCACUGAACCACCGAGAGGAAACUCUUCAUGACAUGCUGGUGAGCAGUGUGAAAGCCGUGAAGGAGAGUCAUGUUGGACACGAGCACACUAAUGAUUCUACUCAUGAACACCACGGAGCCAGUGCACAUCAUCAUGCUCACAAAGAUCACAGUGGUCAUGAAGGAGGCUCUGCACAUGACCAUGUUAUGAUGAUGUGGUUCCAUGGAGGUUACCACGAAGUAAUCUUGUUUGACUUUUGGAGGAUACACUGUUUGACAGGUACGAAAUAAACAUUUUUGCACCGCAAGUAAUCCGACACUUCAGGACUUAUCAUCUCUUGCGUCGUUAUUUUCAUCAUGGGUGCACUUUACGAAGGUUUAAAGUGGUUCCGGGUGUACUUGACACUAGCGAAAAGAACAAAGAUUCCUGAAAAUGUUUGUUUUUAUUGUAAAACCCGGAAAAUGAGUACGCGUUUUUCAGGAACCCAUCCCGUUGACGGAGUUUGGUGUGAAAGCGAAAAAGGAUGAAGCUGCGGUAGAAGAGCCAUUGGUCCACGCGACCUCAAGAAGCACAACCCCAGAAUCCAGACAGUCAGUAACAUUAUUCUUAGAACACUCUGAAAUAGUUCAAAUCUUCCAGCCCUGGCCCGUUUUCCUUUUCGCGUAUUUCUCAAGCUCUGUUGUACAUUGUUCAACUAGUCCUGGCCUAUUGGUUGAUGUUGAUCGUAAUGACCUACAAUAUUUGGCUCAGUAAGUUCGCGGCAAUCAAAAACUUGUCAAUAUGUUUCAUUUUCCAGCUCUCGCCGUUAUCCUUGGAGCGGGAUUUGGACAUUGGAUCUUUGCUGCCCUCCGUCUUGCGAACCCAUCCGGAGAGGCUGCCGACACCAUUGCCACUGAUGCUUGCCAUUAA